GACUUUGAUUGAUGAAGUCAACUGCGCGUCUUCCCAUCUCUCCAUCACUCCGCUUCGCCCACCCAUUCCUAUAUCAUAAGCUUCCUCUCUAAUGUCGGAAAAUCACUCAAUCAAAUGGAUUCCAGAUCCUUUCUGCUCUCUCUUUUUCGCCUUUUUUCACCUUUUCUGCUCCUGAUUUUGACCACGUCUCGUGCUUCCCCUGCUUCUGGUGAAUGGUUCUUGAACUGCGAUGAUCAGUUGAACUGCGAUUCCGAGGAAUCUCCUCUCUGGAACAUUAAUGGAAUGGAAAAUUGUGGUGGUGGUAAUCCCAAGUCAAUGAAGCCCAUAUGCCAGGACAGUGGCGGCCGUAAAGUCAUGAAAAUUAUAGGAGAAAAAUACGAAGUCCUGGGCUUUAAUAUGGGCGAUCCACUUCUUAUAGUAAUAGCUGAAAUCGGCUAUACGAAUCGAUUCUGUUCACAGAAAGAAAAAAAUGCGUCAGCUUUCGUCUAUGCGAUGAUUUAUGAAUCUUGCAGGCCUCCCCCACCACGCAAUCCUACUUGUCCUGAUGCAUCCUGUAGUUUAAGUACCGAAGUUAAAAUUCCAGCAUCGUUGUUGAACGAAACUGAUUACGAAUGGAAAAGGGUAGAGCAGCGUACCAUGGAAUACUUCAAGUCAACGCGGGAGGUGAAAUUGAAUGAACAAUGUGGGCAAUGUUGGGUUCCUGGUGCCGUUUACGAUUAUGACUUGCAAUCGAACCAAACAAGAUGCUGCUGUGCAGACAAAGGGCCUGAAUUCUGUCAUUCCCGACCGGCUGCUGCAUCGCCACCAAAGUAUGAUGCGCCAGAAACAGCACCACCUCCUCCCGCAGAGGCAAAGAAGACGAAGAAUACAGCAACAGAAAAAGCCAUUAUAAUUGGUGUUUCGGUUGGAGGAGCUUUUUUGGUGGCAACCAUUUUAGGGUUUUGCAUCUUUUUUUGUUUGGGGAAGAAGAAGAAGAAGCACCCAGUUGGGUAUGUCAGCAAAGAAGCUGCCCUUUCUCCUCCUGUUUCCGAUCCUGUUUCCGACAAAGAUAUGCCUCCCGCUCCUCUUCUGAACUCCUUCCAGACUCAGAGCAUUCCUUCUUACCCCUCUUCCAAAUCUGACCUUGAGAGGCCUUCCCCCAACUCUGAUGUUCAAGUAUUCAGCUAUGCCGAACUCGAAAAAGCUACCCAAAACUUCAACCGUUCUCGAGAGCUUGGCGAUGGAGGAUUUGGCACUGUUUAUUAUGGGAAGCUUGAUGAUGGGCGUGAAGUUGCUGUGAAGCGUCUAUAUGAACAUAACUGCAAACGUGUGGAGCAGUUCAUGAAUGAAGUGAAUAUCCUUGCUGAUUUACAACACAAGAACCUUGUCAAGCUCUAUGGCUGCACCUCCAGAUUUAGCCAAGGCCUUCUCCUUGUCUACGAAUACAUUCCCAAUGGAACUGUCGCCGACCAUCUCCACGGAUCACGGGUGAAGUUUGGUCUCCUCAGUUGGCCGAUUCGGUUGCGAAUCGCCAUCGAAACAGCGAAUGCACUCAUAUAUCUCCAUCGCAAAGACAUCAUACAUCGAGAUGUCAAAACCAAUAACAUUCUCCUUGACAGCACCUGCUCUGUCAAAGUGGCUGAUUUUGGCCUUUCGAGGCUGUUCCCUACUGAUGUAACUCAUGUUUCCACUGCCCCACAAGGCACGCCUGGCUAUGUUGAUCCUGAGUACUACCAAUGCUAUCAACUUACUACUAAGAGCGACGUAUACAGCUUUGGAGUAGUUUUGAUCGAGCUUAUAUCGUCGCUAAGAGCUGUCGACACCGAUAGGAAACGACAGGAUAUCAACUUGAGCAAUAUGGCAGUGAGUAAAAUACAAAGUCAGGCAUUGAAUGAGUUGAUCGAUCCGAAGCUCGGGUUCGACAAGAAUCAUGAAGUUAUGAGGGCGACGACAUCAGUAGCGGAGUUGGCUUUCCGUUGCCUUCAACAAGAAAGAGACAUGAGGCCUUCAAUGGAAGAAGUGGUGGGAGUACUAAGGGAGAUUGAGAAUGACAAAUCCAGUUCUGAGAUGUCUAAAGUUGUCGAUAUAGGAGUCGUUGAAGACGACAUCGGGAUCACAAAGAGAACACCACCCGCCUUUUCGCCGAAUUCUGUCAUAGAUGAUCACUGGGUUAGCAGCUCUACCAUUACAAAUUCCUUGUGAUGGUGUCUUCAUAUGGUAUCAUAUUUUGAUAACACGUUGUGUAUGAUGUGUGCAUGGUAGUUUGUGCAUAGUAUACACUGUAAUUUGACCUCUUAUACAUAGCCGCCUUCAUUUCAAUAAGGGAUUAAAACUAAAAUCUGCUUUGUAAGAUUAUAGUGAGGUAUGAAUGAUCUUGUUACUAAAA